CGUGGACAAACAAGGAAGUAAAAACAGUCCGUCUAAAGCUUUUGUUUUCGGUUCGUGGGACCGGAGUUCAGACCGGUUAACCCACAACCUUUAAACAGACACCAUGAGUGACGGCCCUGUCAACACGCUGGUUCUGAUCGGUGUGGGAUCCAGCUUCGCCUUAUCCAGCCUGUUCUAUCGUUUAUAUCAAGAGAAGAAGAAGGAGCUGGAAAAGCUGAAGAAAAUACCCAUCUUCAAACCAGACAAACAUCUGGUCCAAGUACUGAAGGCGUCGCCCCACAGGAGACUCCAGUAUGUUGCUGUGGAAGGCCUGGUACAGGCGGACGGGGAGCCUCUGGCCAGCCGGUUCGUCCCACGAUGCUUUGGUGUGAUUCAGAAGAUCACCGUGGAGGAACACUGGAAAUACUGGAACAACCUCACCAGGACGUGGAAUUCUCGGACAAUGAAUAAGAAAGAGAGCAGCAACUCUGUGCCCUUCAGCCUGAUCAGCCCUGGAGCCUACAUGACUGACCUGUACGUGAAAGUGCAGAGCCCUCUGGAGGCCUGCGGCUGCCCCCUGGAGAGGGUUUACCACAAAGUGAGACGUUCGGAGGAGGGCUUGGUGAACCUGGCGUUGCAGGGCCUCAGCGGGGAGAAGCCUGAGGCGAUGGUGGAGAGCGAGGAGCUGCUGCGGGUGGGGAGCAUCCUGACCGGGUUCGGGGAGGUGGUGCUGGAGGGAGGCCAGGUGAUGAGGCUGCAGGCGCCGCAGGACGACCGCAAAUUCAUACUGGUAGCCACCGACUACAGGAGCUUUAUAGACAGGCACGAGAGUUCAGCCACCAUGUGGAAGACGCUCACUGCUGUCACCGGCCUCACCGGGGCGUCUCUUCUAGCAGGGGUCAUUUACAACUUAGUAGGAAAACAGGAUGGCAGGUCAAAGAAGGCUUGAGGAGGAGGGACCUGCAGUUUGGAUGACUGCUGAAGCUGUGUCAGUUUUUUGGGUGUAAAACGGCCUUAGGUGUUUUGUCAAGUUUGGUUCACAUCACAUGUUUUUGAUUUUGGAUGUUUUUGGAUAAAAAUACUGUCGCAGUUUUAGAUUUUUCACUGCAGACAAGUGCUUUCUAACUAAAGUGCAGGUGAGAUGCAAAACAUCUAUAUCGGCCGAAUGUCUUUUUUAUAGCUGGGCAAUAAUUCAAUAUUUAUAACAAUAGAAUUUGCAUCAAUAACAAUGUAACAAAGGUAAUGCAUUGUGUGAGCACUGAGGAGGUAUAACACAAAAUCUUGUUGUCAUAUACUAUCAGAUGCCGACUGAACUUUCAAUAUUAUUUAGAUUUUUGGAGUCCUAAAACAGGAUAGCAAGCAACAGUAUUUAUUGUUUGUGAUCCGACAGAUCCCAAGUCAAUAAUGUGUUAGAUUGUGUACUUUAAAAUAUUCUAUGGUAUUAUGUGGUAUUUUACUCGAGGUUUGUUGUGUUUUGCUCCUCAGAGCCUCCAAACUAAUCCGACCACUUCAGAAAUGUGUUAUCGUAUCUUUCUCAAUGAUAAGUCUCCAUAAUACACAAGUCCUAAACCUGAUGAUGUGAACCAAGUGUUUUAAGUGUUUGACUAUUUCAACUAUUUUUUCUGAUGCUGGUGUUGAACUCAGGGUCUGAUAAAGACAAUUGAAAAGUCGGUAAGUCUAAAAGUGUCGACAUAGCGAAGGUGAAUGGAGUCUUGAUUCAAGGUGAAUUCCUAACCGAUAAUGUCACUAAAGCUUAGUGAGGGAACAAAUCAUAGAUUUAAGUAUUUUACCCCCUAAGAUUGAUCAACUUUAAAAGUAAUAAAGUCAUAACUACUUUAUCAAGGGAACAUUGUAUUUUUAGAAUAAGUUUUUGCAGAACUGCAUUAUUGUGAGAAAUCUAAUUAAGCUAACAUUUUUAGGAUUGUUUUGCUUUUAUUUUUCUUUACAGGGCUUUUACUGUGAAUCGGAAUAAUUGUCAGACUGAGAUUCCAGACAGUAAAUCUGAAUAUACUCAGAUUAAGACCAAAUCGAUUUAGCUGCUUUUUUUCUACCUCUUAAAUCAAUAAGAUUUGACUCUAUUGCUGUUUGUCCUUUGGUCAGUUUGGAGAGGUUGAUGGAAACAAACACUGACGGAAGAAAUCCCUUCACAGGUGGUGGUUUUACUCGUAUCUGUAAUAAAAAUAUAUUUUCGAAUCAGA